ACCACCUGCUGACUUCAACGGAGCACCUUUUCAUGCCCCCUGAGCUGCUGUCUUUUCAGUGAGGGGGAUGGCCAAGGGAGGAGCAAAACCCCCCAAGGGGAAAAAGGUCACCUUGAAGGUUGCCAAGACCUGCAUAAAGAUCACCUUUGACGGGAAGCGCCGCCUUGACCUGAGCAAGAUGGGCAUCACGACGUUCCCCAGGUGCAUCCUGAAAUUGGAGGACAUCGAUGAGCUGGAUCUCAGCAGAAACAUGAUUAAGAAAAUCCCAGAGGCAAUCGAUAAAUUCCAGAAUCUGCGCUGGCUGGACUUGCAUAGCAACCAGAUCGAUAAGCUGCCAGAAACCAUAGGGAACCUACAGAACCUCAUUUUCCUGAAUCUCUCCAACAACAAGCUCACCGCCCGGAGCUUGCCCAUGGAGCUCAACCAGCUCAAGAACCUGCGAAAUCUUAAUAUCGGCCUCAACCACAUCGACAACCUCCCAACCACCCUGGGAGCUUUGAAGGAGCUCCAGGAAGUUGGGGUGUUUGAUAAUCUGCUGACACUGAUCCCGAACAGCAUCGCAAAGCUCCCUAAACUGAAGAAGCUAAACGCCAAGAGGAACCCCUUUCCUGGACCCACUGAAGAGGAAAUCUUUAUUGAUAACAUCAAACGCCUUGAGACGCUCUAUUUGGUAGAAGAGAAAGACCUUUGCCCUCCAUGCUUGAGAAAAUGUCAAGAAGAGAGGGACAAGCUCAACAAGCUGAAGAACACAGUGCCUGCCCCUCUCAGAAAGCCAAACUUUUCAAGCCUCAUGACCCCCAACUCCCUGGCAAAGGAGAACCAAGCCGAGUGGAGGUGAAGAGGCUGGCAGGCCCAGCCCCACCAGGGCGACUCAGCAGUGUGGAGGGAGGGAUGUGGCCCAACGGAGCAACUUCACCUCCCUUCCUUAGGAAUGAUCCUAACUAAUAAAACAGCUCUGAGUCACAUAUACCUCUAUGACUCUCACAGACACAUGUCAAUCCACCACACAUCCCCACAGCAAGAGAUCAGACUCUAAAAUCUGUUACCCCCAGCUUCUCUCCAGCUUGCCCCUGGAAGCAGACCUCAAAUAUGUACCAUAGCUGCAGUGAAGACCUCCCCUUCCCUCUUCUGAUCCAACAGAGGUGGGCUGAGCCUUUGGGCAGCAGACACAAGAGGUAUCCCAAGGUAGCCCAGUGCUGGAGACAUCUUCUCUUCUAGUUCUCAGAGAAGUUCCCGAGAUGGUUGCAGGCAGGAUGCUACCAACAACAAAGGAAAGGGGCAAUUCUGCCUUUUGGAACCAGGAUAGUUUCCCUCUCCAGUUCCAGACGGAGCUUGGGAAGAAGGGCCAAGGAUCGUCCCCUAGGUCCCAAACCUUUCCAACAUUACCAAUAUUUAGGAGCCAGAGGGCCUGAGCUAGCAAAAUCACAAAGGGCUGAAAUUCAUUCUUCUGAUGAUUCUUGCUCCUGGCUCAAUCCGGUCAGGGCCCAAGGAUCAUUAGAGACCAACCAGGCUACUUACUCCAGCAUGUCUUUCUCUUGCCAACAGAUCAUAUCUUACACCUCAACAUAGUGAACAACAAUUGCAAUUAUUUUGGCUCCUUUCAAAAUUCUUUAGAUAUUUGGCCUAAGGAAAAAUCUCUGACUCCAUUUUGAAUUUUACCUGACAGAGUAUUUCGGUAGCCCUUUGAUUGUGAACCUUUAGCAUCACAUCAAUCAUUGAAAUGCUCCUCGAUGUGGUGCUAUGCCUUUUCUUGCCUUGUGCUUGUAAGAGUUAAUGCUGGCAACCUUCGUAAUUUCAUACAGAAAUUACUGUUUACAUUGUCCUAUUUUAUGCCUGAGCUCAACCCAUAAUAGAGUUUUGCAGUUUCUCUGUAUCUUAGAGUGUCAGAUGAAUUAGUACAUUGAGAAUUUCCAAAUGAGUUCCUUCUCUAGCAUUUAAACAUUGGCCAGGACACAAAACCUUCAGAAUCUCAAAAGAUGCAUCAUUGCAAGCAGAACAAAAGAGGUUUACAGCCUAGGGCCUAAGACAGCAUUCAGGUUAUAAAGAUGGACAGUGAUGCCCCCUCCCAUAUUUGAGUCACACGACUUUGGUGUGUAGAAGGUGACUCUCCAACUUUUACGGUUAUGGAGAUAUGUUGCACAAUUGUUGUGUGAACAGUUGUGAGGGUUCUUGGGUUAUGCUGCCACUGACAAUAGGACAGUCCCUAUUGUUAGUCCCCCUAGGUAUACCAGACCAGGAAAACAACUCCGCAAGAAGGCUAAAACUACAUUUUGAGAUUGGCCAUAAUUACAGAAUAUCAAAAAUCUAGUUGUACUGUUUCUCUUCCUUAUAGUUCAGCAAAUUCACGACAUGUCUGCUAAAGCUGCUUCCAAGUGUUAUCAUGUUGUUCUGGACUUUAAAAAGUUUCAGCUCCUUUUGCCUCGGUUCUACCAUAUUUCCACCCAGGUCAUCCCUAAUCUCUACUCCUGUUAAGCUAUUUCACAUAGGCCUAGGGAAGGGAUUCCCAACUGGGAGUGCGAGAUGAUAUUCCAGGGAGUGCGAAAAUUUGGGUUGAAGUUUCAAAAUUAUAGUGUAUAUGUAUAAUUAUAUGCAUGUAAUUAUUUAUUUUUAAGAGGUUCAAGAAUAUAUCAGAAGCGUUCUAGGGGUGCGGGUUAUAGAAAAGGUUGGGAAUCCCUGGCCUGGGGUUUAUUAGGUAGCAAAAAAACUCUUCUCUGAAAGCGACAAUGUGUCAGCACCCAGAUGUCUAGCAUUUAGUCUUUGCAUGGUGUCUCAUGUGCAUAGGAGAACUAGUCAAAAGAACAUCAUGGAUUAUUGAUAUGAACAUCCAUAAUCCCGUCACAUUUAUGCAGGACAUUUGAUCGUCUUCUAUAAAAACCAAACCACUUCUGCACAGAGCAUGUCCCCACAGAAUAUCCUCUCAAAGGAGCAGCCAACGAGUUCCAAAACACAUGAGGCACUCCUUCCCCACAUACCAGGGAUGCUGCUCCAGCAUGGAGUUUUCU